AUGCCUCGAGUAACUCGAUCGACUCGGGCCGCUCCCGCAGCCGCAGCAGCUCCAAAGCCCGCAAGCAAGAAGCGCACCUCGGCCAAAGGAGCUGGGGGCUCAGGCGGGGCGCUAAAGAAACAAAAGUACGACUCCAGCCCCCCGGACAAAAUCGCGAAAUCCACCACCAAAGAAAGCAAGUACUUCAAGAAAGGUGAAUCCGCAAAGCCGAAGAAGGCUAGAACGAAGCGUGCUGCGAAGCCAGAGGAAGACUACGAAGACGACUCAGAUGCCGUUUCCCCCGACGCAGACCAUAACUCAUCGGACGCAGACUCAAACUUUUGGGGACUGCAGGAGCAGGCCACUGAAGGGAAGAAUGCCCUCUCACAAGCCAUCAAAGACUUUUCAAGAAAGCGUGGACCCAAAUCAGAGGUGUCAGUGGCGUCAGAGCCGCCGACAACAUCUUCAAAGAAGGACCUAUGGAAAGAAGGUGUCAAAACUGGCCUUGGACCUGGCAAAGAGGUUUUUAUCAAGAAACCCAAAGCAAGAGAUCCAGGCGACACCCCAUACGAGGAUGAAACUCUGCAUCCAAAUACCCUGCUCUUCCUGGAGGAUUUGGCUGAAAAUAACGAGAGACAAUGGCUUAAAGCGCAUGACGCGGACUAUCGCGCGUCGAAGAAGGACUGGGAAACGUUUGUUGAAUCCCUGACGGAGAAAAUCACCGAGCAAGACGGCACAAUUCCUGAGUUGCCUGCCAAGGACCUGGUGUUUCGCAUACACCGAGACAUCAGGUUCAGUAAGGAUCCCACGCCAUAUAAAACACAUUUCUCAGCCGCCUGGUCCCGAACCGGGAAGAAGGGGCCAUACGCUGCGUACUAUGUCCACUGCCAACCAGGGGCUAGCUUCGUUGGUGCGGGUCUCUGGCAUCCAGAAGCUGACAAACUGGCGCUUCUUCGAGACGACAUCGAUAACAACUCGGAACGGCUAAAGGAUGUUCUUCGACAGGAAGGAUUGCGGCGCGAGUUCUUCGGCGGAAUACCGGACGAUGAAGAUGAAGCUGUCCAAGCCUUCGCGAAGCAGAACAGCGAGAGCGCACUGAAGACUAAGCCAAAGGGCUAUGAACACGACAACGAAAACAUCGAACUUCUCCGGCUGCGCAGCUUCACAAUUGGCAAACCAGUCUCUGAUGCAGAUCUUCUGAGCCCUGAUGCUCAGGAGAAAAUAGCCACUUUGAUUGGUACCAUGGAACCUUUCGUCACGUAUCUCAAUAGCGUUGUCAUGCCCGAUCCGGGCGGCCAUGAUACCAGUAGUAUUGCGACAGAUUCUGCGGAUGAGGAGUGA